UCACUUUAUUAUUUCCGCCACCAAUUUAAAUUACUUGAAUUGACAUUUUUUGGCGAAAUGUUUAUUUUAAUUUUUCAAAAUACCAACCCCAAAACGCCAAAAUCUUUUUUUUAUCCAAAUGUGAAUUUAGAAAAUUCUGUAUUGGAUUUUGUGGGAUCUCGCGUCCUCCAAUAACUUAUAUUCCUAAAUUUGCAACAUAUUGGCCCAUAAAAUUCGAAUUUUCAAAUUUAAAUUAAAAUUUUCCUUGCUCAAAUCAAUGUUUUUAUUUUUUAUAUUUUUCAUUUUUUAAAUGUUUCCCAUCACUUCCCACUUAUUGUCAGUAGUAAUAUACUAAUUUUAUGUAAAUCUAUCUAUUGUCCCAAUAAUAUCAUUCUUUUUUUAAAUUUUGAAUUGAUUCUCUAACAAAUAAAUGUUUUAUUUUAGCCCUUAUAAAUUACAUUUUAAUUUAAUUUUAUUUUUAAUUUCAGGACCACAAUUCCAAUUUUUUAUUCAUCAAUUUUUUAUUAAAUGAUUGUCAAUUCAUAUCAUUAACAUCAAUUUAUUAAACAAAAAAUAAUUUUGUUAGCAACUAAAAAUGUUGAUAUAAACAAGAAUUUCUUCAAAAAAUUUUUUUCAAAAUUCUUCACAAAUCAAAUUGACGAAAAUUUAAUUUUUGCAAUUUUCUUCAAAAAAUGCCUUCUUUCAUUUGCAUGCCUUUUUUCGCCUGCAAUCGUCAAAUUGAUUUAAUCGAUCGACGACAAUGUAAUCUUCAAUCGAUUCCUGGCGAUCUUGAACGUUAUGCACGUUCACUUGAGGAACUUCUUUUGGAUAUGAAUCACAUAAAUUCCCUCCCAAAAUCACUUUUCCGGCUUCAUAAACUUCAACGGCUUGGUUUGAGUGACAACGACAUUCAUCGUUUACCCCCCGAAGUUUCUGGGCUUCAAAAUUUAGUUGAGCUAAAUUUGAGCAGAAAUGACAUAUCCGAUCUCCCAGAGGAAUUAAGGAUUUGCCAAAAUCUCCAAGUCCUCGACAUUUCUUCUAACCCAAUUGCUCGACUUCCCGAUUCAAUUACUCUCUGUACUUCACUUGCACAACUCUCAUUGAACGACAUUUCUUUAACUAAACUCCCUCAGGAUAUUGGAAAGUUGGUGUCAUUGAAAUCGUUGGAAGUUAGAGAAAACCAUUUGCGAGCUUUACCUGUCUCAAUUUCUGAAUUGAAGCAGUUGCAGAGGCUGGAUUUGGGGCAGAAUGAGUUGGAUGAAUUGCCUAACGAAAUUGGCUUUCUACGUUCAUUACAAGAAUUAUACAUUGAUGAAAACAGUUUGGAAAAAUUACCUGAUUCAAUUCUUCACUGUACUCGUUUAGAACAGUUAGAUUUAACAUCAAAUCGACUCUUUCAAUUACCUGAAGAUAUUGGUGAUCUUUCAAAUUUGGUUGAUUUAACUGCUUCACAUAAUUGUAUUAGAGAAUUGCCGAGUUCUAUAGGUCGUCUAAAACGCUUAUUCAUUCUCAAAAUGGACGAUAAUAUGAUUGGCUCUGUUACUCCAGCUAUUGGUGGAUGUAUUAAAUUAAGUGAGAUUUAUCUGCAACAGAACCCUAUCACUGAGCUUCCCAGCUCUAUUGGAAAUCUCAAAUAUUUACAAACUUUAAAUUUGGAUCGUUGUCAAUUACGCCAAUUACCUUCUUUAAUAGGCGAAUGUCAAUCGUUAAAUGUACUCCAAGUGAGAAAUAACCAAUUAGAAGAAUUACCUAUGGAGAUUGGAAAAUUGGCAAAAUUAAAAGUUUUUGAUGUUUGUAACAAUAUGCUUACACAUUUGCCUUACACAAUAAAUGUUCUCCGUGAAUUACAAGCACUUUGGUUAUCCGAAAAUCAAUCUCAAGCACUUGUUCGCCUCCAACAAGAAACUGACUCGAGAAGUGGAAUAAAAAUAUUGACUUGUUAUUUGUUGCCACAAGUGGAUUCUCAAAAUAAAUCUGGCAAUAAUUCACAACCACCAAAUUCAAAUAAAUCAGGCGGAUUUGUUGGUGGCCCAAAGGUUCAUUUUGGUGUAGAUGAAGCGGAAAGAGAAGAAGUUAGUGCCGAUAAAGCUCAGAAUUUUGAAAGAAAAAACACUCCCCAUCCAAAACCGAGUGCUUCUACAAGUUCUAGUACUUCAAAACAUCACAAAAAACAGCAUGUUGAUGGCCAUAUUGCUGCUAAAGUUGAAGAGCAUCCAAAAUCAAUUGUUCUUAGUGGUAGCGUUAAGAAAAUAAGUCAGGACCAUAGUUCUGCUCAUGCUGCUGUGCCUAGUUGUUCUACCUCCACUGCCGUUGAACAAAAGAACACUCUUCCAAGAUCAGCACUUAAAUACCCGUCACGUAUGCAAUCGUUUACUGAAGCACAACAGCAACAACAACCUAUUAUUGAGUUACAAAAAUCACCAAAACAGCAAACACAAAAACAACAAAAAGCUGUAAUCUUCAAUAAUGGCAAAACUACUGCAAAAGAAGAAUCAUCUUCAAAUGAGUGCAGACUGAAGCGAGUCAAUACUCCACACUACAAAAGUCAACGUGCUGCGGCAGCAGCUGCAGCGGCGGCUGAAAGUGGUGACAAUUCACAAAAUCAAUCAAAUCGUCGACAGUUGCCAAAAACUCCAGCAAAUGCUGUUGGAGAUCCAGUUCCUCCUGUUACAACUGGAAUCGACCAAAAUGACGGUAUGCGCAUUCAGUCGGCGCAAGGAGGUAGCAUCAGAGAGGGGAAUAUGCUAGAAAGAAAACGGGUCGUUGUACGGCGUGGAGAUGGAAGUGGGGGCGGUUUGGGACUUUCAAUUGCUGGCGGUAUUGAAUCUACACCUUUUAUUGAGAAUGAUUCUGGAAUUUUCAUAUCAAAACUUGUAUCAGGUGGGGCAGCUGAACGUGUUGGAUUGCGACCGGGUGAUAAAGUACUGGAGAUUAAUGGAACUUCUAUGAUAGGAAAACGACAUCAAAGUGCUGUUGAUUGUAUCCAACAAUCAGUUGGUGAAUUGGAGUUGGUUAUAGAAAGACGGAGAAGUGGAACAAUUCAAAGUGGUCCCUCAACAAGCGUUCCUUCUUUACAUCAACAAAGUAAUUUAUCAAAUAAUAAAUCAGCAACAGCUUCAACUUCUAAAAUUUCUAACAAUCCAGCUUCAUCUCAAAAUCAAAAUUCCAGCUUUUCAACCCCCGCCACAACGAAACUCCUUGCACAACAACCCAAAUCACCUUCUCAUCUUUCACAAUCAUCAUUUCCAAUGUUAAGUUCAUUUGCUACAACCCCAACAGUUACAGCGCCUUCACAUUUUACCUCGGCUAAUACUGCUAACACUUCAUUUUCUUCUCUUCCAGUUGCGCAAAAUGAAUAUAUUAAUAUUACUUCUAAAACAACUCCUAAUUUAAUUAUAAUUGAUGGCUCUAUAGAAGAUAUUGUACUUGUUAGAGAUAGUACAGCUAAUUCUCUUGGAUUAUCAAUUGUUGGUGGCGUUGAUCAUUGCUCUCAUCCUUUUGGUUCUUCUUUAAAGCCUGGUGUUUUCAUUUCAAAAAUAACGCAGCGUUCCCCCGCUGCAAUUUGUGGAAAUUUACGAAUUGGUGAUCGUAUUUUGAAAGUUAAUGAUGCUGAUAUUUCGCGUGCAAAACAUAAUGAGGCUGUUGAGAUCCUUAAGUCAACUGGUUGUUCAAUCCAUCUAACUGUUUGUCAUGAACCACAGCCAAAAGGAUUGCGCUCUGUAAUUAUUCAACGUCAAUUACACGAACCGCUUGGCUUGAGCAUUUGUGGAGGAAUUGGCGGCACGCCUGUAAAUCCUGAAGAUUCUACAGAUGAAGGAAUAUUUAUCGAGCGAGUUGAACACAUGGGGCCUGCAGCAGUAAGCAAUGUUGGACUUUGCGUUGGUCUACGCAUUUUGGAGGUUAAUGAUGAUUCAUUGCUUGGCUGUACAAAAGAGGAAGCCGCUCAAAUAUUUCGACGCUCCGCCCCAGGCGCUGUUCGCUUACUUAUUUGCGAUGGUUUAUCUCCUCCAUCUGUCAAUUCUGCCCUUCGUCCACAAAUAUCCUCUAUUACUGUUGCAACUUCUCCUACAUCUUUAAAUGCGCCUACUUUAAAUGACUUAGGAUUACCACUUUCAAAUCAUUCACAAAACAAUUCAACAGAAAUUGAAAAAGAAAAUAAAAUUGCUUCAGAGAUGUUAUCUUCUUCAACUCCAAUUGAAUAUUCUCCGAGAAAAGAACCAGAAAUUAUUCAAAAUAAUUAUGUUAACAGUGAAAAUAUGCAACAAAAACAACAAAAUUUAUCAAAUCAAGCCAGUCAACAUCAACCAGCUAAAAUUAUUUCAACAUCUAAUUCUACAAACUUCUCAAUUUUACCACCUUCACCAGCAAAAAUUUUAACACCAGUUAAGGAUCCCCCCACUCACUCUGUUUUUGAUUCAAGUCAAACAACUAAUUUGGUAGAUACAGCAAAAGUUUCCACAAAUACUUCAAACAUGGUAGUCACUAAUUCAAUUGAACAGAAUAAUCCAAAGCAAGCAUCCGACCCGUCAUUCAGCUCCAAGCUGAAGUUAUUCGAGCAUUUGCAAUCAGCUAAUUCUGCUUCAACAAAUAAUAAUAUAUCUAAUAGGCCACAACGCCUACCUGGAAUUCCACCAAAAAAGCCACUAAUUAGUGCUCAGGAAAUGGAAAGACUUCGGGAAGUUGGUGGUUCUAAUGAUAAAAGAAUUAACGCUUUGAAUGAUUUUUCUCCACAAGAAGAGCAUUUAAAUUCAACAGUUGAACAACUUGACUCUUUUCUUUUGGAUGGCCGCUCUGACCAACAGCCUUCAAUAAUUCGCACAAAGAAAGCUGAAAUCAGAGCUGAAAAGGAUCGAAUUGCUUCAUCUCCUUUCAUAACAAAUGGCACUAACGAGCAACCAACUGACACCCCUUUGUCUAGAGAUAGCCCUUCUUUUAGUCAGAAAGCAGCGGAAAUUGAGAAACGCAGAGAAUGGAGACAAGCCAGACUUCAAAGUAUGGAUGUUGAAUCUAAACGUACGGGGGAUUUGGUAAAAAUAAUUGCUAAUGCCACAACGACAGAAACUACCAGAUAAAUUUAAAUUAUUUUUAAAAUAGAGUUCGCAACAAAAAAAUUUUUUACGAGAUAUUUUAUUUAAUUUUUAAAAAAUUAUGCGAACUUUUUCAUUCCUAAACUUUUGUAAGUUAUUCUGUGCAAUUUAUUUUUGUUGCACCUAAUUUUCUUGUUUUUAAUAUGCUUUUGUUUUGUUAUAUUUUGUUCAGUUUUUAUUUUGGGAGUUUUUUUUGUUAAUUAUAAAAAUAAUUAUUGCACUUUUAAGUCAUUCGAAAAUUUUAUUAAAAAUAUUUUCUGGGAAAUCAGAUUUGUCUAUACAGUUAUUUUGGAAAUUUCGAAUGAUGUUUAAAACGUUUUCAUGCUCUUUAUUUUUGGUUCACUUUUUUUUUGUCCAAGACCCGUUGCCCCUGGUGCUUCCCUUUUGACCACAUAAUUUUAUCCUCUCAAACCCCAACAAAUUUUGCGCAACUUAUUAUUUUAAUAUCUUUUUAUUAUUCCAAUUUUUAAAUGUUUUCAAAUAAAUAUUGUAUAAAAUUGAAUAUGCAAAAGACUAACUAAAAUAAUUUUUAAUCGAAAACGGGACAGUUUUUUUGUUUGUUUUGCUUAUCUAUUACUAAAAUAGCCUGAAAUUUUCGAAACUAUACCCAUGCUUAUUAAAAGGGGGAAUUAGCAUUUAUUAGUUUCUAGCAACUAUACUAGUCUGAAUAAUUCCAAAAAUAUUGUGUCUCCACCGCUGCCUAGCGCAGUUUUGCUGACUCACCUAGGCCUGGAAAACAAGGUCAUUUCUUUCAACAUUCGUCUACUAUCGUCGGAGAGGGAAAGGUGUAAUCUAUUUGCUAAUAUAUUUAUUCAUAAAAUUCCCGUCAUCGAUUUUUGUCGAGAUUGGUUGAGUGUUUGUUUGUU